AUGCCUUUUCCUCAAAACACCGUGGCUUUGUCAGAACAGGAUCUCAAAUAUGAUGUCAUUCUCAUCAUUACUCCCAAAGGUUAUCAUAUAAUCGAUUCUUUGGUUCAAAUUCUGGCCGAAAAACUGCCGGCACUUAAAGUAGAAGUCAAACCCCAUUCCCAUUAUAAAGAGCAGGCAUUCUAUAUCACAGCCACCGAUGAGUGCCUAAUAGCCGGCGCCAAACAGUUGGGCUACGAGUUAAGACACCAAACAGCGGACCGUCCGUUGACUACACUCGAGAGACAGACACUGAUUAUGCAUUUUCUCAAUACUUUGCGAUACAAUGCAAGCGAUUCCGAGCCAUUGAUUAUUCUUAACGAAUGGAAACAAAUGAAAUUCAAAGAUAACGAUCCGAUUAUUGCCAAACUUAUCGCACGAAAUCUCGUCAAACAGAUCCUUCCCCUCCAUAAUGAACACGAUUUAUGCGAACUUCGGGUCCAUUGGGUGUCGGCUUUCUUCUCGGUCCAGCCGUUGGAAACUAUUUGCCGAUACUUUGGCCACAAAAUAGCCAUUUAUUUCGCAUUCUUAGGCUUCUAUACGUUUGCGUUGAUAUUCCCAUCGAUUUUGGGAAUAUUCAUCACAUUCUACGCCAAUAAUAACAGUCCCUUCCGCGAGAUCUACGCCCUAGCUUUCACUGUACUCAACAUCAUUUGGUCGACAAUAUUCCUCCAGAAGUGGCGCCACACCAACGAUCAACUGAUCCGGAAGUGGAACCCAACUAUCAAUAAGUUCGAGACAAGUGAACCAGUUGUGAGACCUCUGUAUCGCGAAAAGACUGUCUUUAAGUCAUUGAAUGUGGAAAUUGAGAGAAAGUUAUUCAAGUAUUUGGUUACAUAUCCUGUCAUCGGAUUCUGCCUUAUAUUCAUAUUCGGCGUAACUAUUGCUGUGUUUAAGUUUCAGGUCCAAUUCAUGAACUCUUUUCUGUCGCUGUUUUACAUCGCUUUCUAUAUCGGAGAUAUGGAUAAACUUCGAGAGGUAUUCCUAUCCCACAUCCCGUACCUAUCAGUUCUAAUGAUUAACACAUACUGUAAUAUGACAUACAGGACAUACAGGUGGUUAACUACUGUCGUUAACCGGUCAAAACUGCACAAAAUCCGUGUCAAUGAGAUCUCAUCUGCGGAACUGGAGGCCAAUAUGCGACGAUAUGACAGCACUUUCGAUGACUUCCUCGAACUCAUCAUACAGUUUGGUUACGUAAUGCUCUUCUCGUCUACCUUUCCAUUGGCGGCCGUCUGUGCGCUCAUUAACAACAUAAUAGAGAUCCGUUCCGACGCUUUCAAGUUGUGUGUCGUAUAUCAGCGCCCAUUCGCCGGACAGCGGGUCCAAGAUAUCGGCCAAUGGGAGGACGUGUUGAACGCCUUGGCCUACAUCGCCAUUAUAGUCAACUGCGCCCUAAUCGCCAUUUGGUUUGAGAAUAGUGUUUAG